CUAUCCUCCCCUGCUCUGAUCAAUUUAAUUUGCUGAUAGUCUGGGUUUGUAUUUUCAAAUGUGUUUUGCGAGAGCCACAGAGCUUCCCUUUCCUGCUCCGUGCACAGGAUUAACAGACGACAAGGAUCUAUAGACCACUUUGCCGCGCAGCAAACGAGAUCUACAGGUGGUAUUUUUCUAACUAACAAAUUGCAAGAUGUCAGCCCGAAGUGGAAAAAAGAAAAUGAUCAAGAUAUCACGCUCAUCCAGAGCAGGAAUCAUUUUUCCUGUUGGCAGACUGUUGCGUUACUUGCGGAAAUCAACAUUCAAUUAUCGUAUUGGAAUGGGAGCACCUAUUUACCUGGCUGCAGUCAUGGAGUACCUUGCAGCUGAAAUUCUGGAAUUGGCUGGAAAUGCAGCCAGGGAUAACAAAAAGAGUAGAAUAACUCCAAGGCACAUUCUGCUGGCAGUGGCAAAUGAUGAAGAACUAAACCAGUUAUUAAGGGGAGUAACAAUUGCGUGUGGUGGUGUGCUGCCUCGAAUUCAUCCUGAACUCCUGGCAAAGAAACGUGGUGCCAGAAGUAAAGUGGAAACCAUUCUAUCUACACCACCUGAAAAGAAGGCAAAGAAAGCAAAGAAAGCAAAGCCAUCACCAGUCAAAAAAGCUGUCAAGAAAGCAACUGUCAAAAAGGCUAGAAAAUCCAAAUCGGCCAGAAGGGGUAAACGAAUAGAAAGCAAGAAGGAAGGAGCAUCUAGUUCCACUUCAGAUGAUGUACCUGGUGAAGGUUUCACAAUUCAUUCAACAAAGAGCCUUUUUCUGGGACAAAAGCUGUCAUUAACACAGAGUGAAGUCAGCAAGAUUGGUUCAGCUAAGGUUGAGUGCAUCAUUAACCCGACGAAUGCUGAAAUAGACCUUAAAGAGGAUGUUGGCAACGCAUUGGAAAAAGCAGGUGGAAAGAAGUUUUUAGAUGCUGUGAAAGAGCUCUUUAAAUCCAAUGGACCUUUGGAUGUAGCUGGGGCUGUUUUGGGUCAGGCUCCUGGACUGCCGGCCAAAUUCAUAAUUCACUGUAAUAUCCCACAAUGGGGAGUGGAUAAAUGUGAAGAGCAUCUGGAAAAAGCUGUGAUGAACUGCUUGACUUUGGCAGAUGAGAAGAAACUAAAAUCGAUUGCUUUCCCGUCCAUUGCCAGCAGCAGGACCAGUUCUCGAGCUUCAGGUUGGUCUCCAAACCAAUCAAGAAACUGUUUCCCAAAGCACAUUGCAGCGCAGCUCAUCCUCAAGGCCAUCGCCAAUUAUUUUGAUAACGCAAUAUCAUCAUCAUUGAAGAACAUCUUUUUUAUCUUAUUCGACAGUGAAAGUAUUGGCAUCUAUGUGCAGGAAAUGGCAAAGCUUGACAUCUAGUAAUCCUUUUUUAAUAACAAUUUUGAAACAGCAUUUUGUUCAGCAAUGCAGAAAAGUGUGUUCAAAAAGUAAAUGAGAAAGUGCAAAAUAUUUGUUCUGUUAUCACAAACAUGACCAGAUGGUUGAAGAGUAAACUUUUGAUUACAUUUUUAUAGCACUCCUCCCAAAUAAGGAAAAUGUUUUGAAAUCUACUUGUGGAAAAUCAGAAAACAACCUUGAUACUGUGCAUCUUUUGCAGGUUUUUUUUGUGAUUUUACUAAAACAUUGAAAGUUUAGAUUUUUAAGAAAAUUGUGACAUUUAACAGUCUAGUGGAAAAUAUAUCAUGCUAGACAAAUGACUUCAUGUAAUUGUGGUUAAGUAUUCCUUUUGUUACGCUAGUGUAUUGGUUUCACAUUCUAGUGUGUAAAAGAACAACAUAAAAUUGAAAGCAAUAUUGCUGCAUAUAUUUCCUCCAAUACCAUUUGCUGUGUGAUUUCAUAUGUGACAAGUUUUAAAAAAACUAUAAAAAAAAUAUCUGGA